AUGUGCAGAGACCAGAUGCUUGGAACAGUGAUGCUCAGAAACAUCAGCACUGGCACGUCUGGUCUCUACCAGUGUACAGCCUCCAACGCCAUCGGAAAGAGCACCUGCCUACUGAACCUGCAAGUCAUAGCGCCCCAGCCGCAGAGCGUGGCUCUCAUCGCCGGCACCAUCGCCACCGGAGUGCUGGCCCUCAUCAUCUGCUCCCUCUUGGUCCUGGUCACUCUCUUCUACUGGAGGAAUAAGAACAAGUAUGAGGAGGACGAGAUUCCCAAUGAGAUCAGGGAAGAUGACCUUCCCCCGAAGAGGUUGUCAUCUGUGAAGGCGUUCCACGCCGAUGCCUCGUCCUCAGAGAAUGACACUCUUACGUCCACAAACACCUACAACAGUCGCUACUGGCACAACCCCAAAUCAAACUACGACACCAACUCCUACACCCGCUACAACGGGGACACCAGGCAAACCUUCACGGCCGGAAGCCAUGGCGUGGGGGCCACCAACACAAGGCCCGCUUACACCAAUGGAAGCCACACCCUCCCUCCACCCAAGACUCUGGUGGUCACCACUAACUCCGCCCCCUCACCGCCCGUCAUGACCAGAAGUAACGGCUCCCUCAGCCUGCGACCGCCCACCGCCACGCCAGCGGUGCUUGGGCACGGACAACACACGCAUUCGUACGCCGUGAGCCAGGCCACGCUGGAGCGCAUGGGCGCUGUGCCCGUAAUGGUGCCAGCGCAGAGCAGAGCUGGCUCUCUGGUCUAA